CACAACAAACAAGAGAUGCUUCAAAUAAUACGCAUGGUAAAGGGCGAAAAGGACACAUGAAAACAGAUGACAGUGAAAGUAUAACAGCAGAUAAAACUAGAUGUUUAGAAUACAGUGAGAAGGUUAGAAUAUUCAAGCCAUUGAUCGUGCAGAAUCUGCUUGUCCAUGACAUAUUACCUUCUUUACCAUUUCUAGAUAAUCAUGACGAUAUAUAUUGUGAACUGAAGAAUCGUUCCGAAAAAUCAGCUGUACUGAUCCUGUUAGAUGAAUUAGAGAAUUGUCAAGAACUCGGAAAGUGGGAUAAAUUUAUCAAUGCCUUAUCUGAUAAUGGGUACUCGUACAUCGUCGAUAAUAUCAGGGGUUACAAGUUUAUCAACCAUUUUUAUCAAAGAGAGUAUAUUAAAAACAUUACUCCGAAAAUCGGAUCUAUGAUUACAGUCUGCGAAAUCAUUUCUUUUGUUUACGCUAAAAAGUUAAUAAGUGAAAGUGAUAAAGAACAUAUUCAAAAGGAAGAUGCCAACCGUGGUAACUUUGCAGCCGCAGUUUUACUACUCGACAGAAUCCAUCGUAAGCAUCGCAAUUGGUACUUGCUAUUUAUUGAAGCCCUUAACGAAGCAGGAAUGGACGAAGUGGCAAAAUGCCUGGAGAUACCAGCGCUCUUAGAAAGCAAAAGGACAAAGAAUUUCGAACUCUACAAACAAUGUGAUGAAAGUAAAGGAGAGAAAAUGGUUACGCAAAGGAAAAGGUUACCUCUGCCUCCUGUUCGUGCUGGUAAUUCGGAUGAAAAAUAUGACUAUGCGUACAGCGCGAAUGCACAUGUGAUAGAUAAACAGCAAGAUACUGAUGAAUACACCUACGACGAUACAGUACAAUCUACAUACAACAUUCCGCCUCUGACAAACUCACUUGAAACUGAAAAUUCAAUUCAAAGUGACUCAGAAUAUGAGCAAUAUGAAUUGAAUGCACCACCUAUUCCACCUCGGCUGCCGUGGUCAAGCGAAAGGCGUGAUUUAAAAAUACAAAAAGCUGACAGUGCAGGUAGCAAGCAGACAGAAAUUAUUGCUGAUUUUGAUAAUCCUUUAGUCAAGUUUGUUAAUCCUUCGGAAAAUGUCAGAUUAAUGAAUGAAAACGAGGAGUUGAAAAAAGCGAAUAAUGUUCUAGUUGUCCAAAUCUCCCUUUUGGAGCAAAAAAGUUCCAUGAUUGCAGAUAUUAACGAAAACAUUAACAUACGCCGAGACCUUUUGGAAGAUAUAGCACUCAAAGAAAAGGAAAAUAACGCAUUAAUUGCAGGCCCGGUAGAAAGUGAUGAUCUAGAAACUAACGAGGAAGCAAACGACUAUUAUCCUUCAUCUAGAACCAAUGAGCGAGCUGAAGACACACAUGCAGAUACAUUUGCUCCGAUCAAGCAAACAUUUGACUACAGAGAUCCAAUUCUUUACGAAGAAAAAUGUUUUCCAUGCAUUGGAUCAGAAACAUAUAUUCCAGGCCAUGGAUCACAUUUUACAUUAGAUCCUACUUCAAUUGUUUCUAUAUACGACGUAAAUUUUUACAAUCGAAACAAAAUUGUAGCUAUGUUUGACAAAGACAGUGGUAUCGGUAUGAAUUAAAUGAUACUGACCUUGAUGAUGAACGUUUCUUAGUGACACCAAAAACACACAAUUUUAUUCCUAAUAGUCUCGGUAAUAAGGUAUUUUAAUGUUUUAAUGCAUUCGUUACGUGAUUAUUUUGUUUUGAUUAAUGCUAUCAAAUGAGCGUUUGAAUCUAGAGCUAUUACUUUUUUGAAUAGGUUACAAAAUGUUGAAUCCAGAAAUUUAUCUAGUAAUUUAUAUUUCAAUAUGUUCACUAAUCAAAACCAAGCCAAACGCAAAUGGAUUGAAAAUGUUAGGCAUUUAAUCGAAUAAAAUGUCUAUGGAUAGUUUUGGGAUGUCUUCUAUGGUGUAAAUGUAAAAUGGUUAUCAUUGUCAUGUAACCAAAAGAUAAAGGAUCAAUUGAUGCAAAUUUAAAAAGAAAUCAAUUUGAUAAACAACAAGUGCUUAGUGUUAUAAUCUUGUUAAAGAAAAUUUUGUGCAAAGUUAUUAUAUCAAUAUUCAUCCUAAAAAGAACUGUAAACCAUUGACAGCAUUCCUAUGCAGAAACCGUAGACUGCCAACUGAGGUUGGAAAAUGCAUAGUGUUCCAUUAUCCGAAAGAAAAUGUAAAUUAUUUCACAUAUAAUUAUAUUGAUGAAUUUCAUUAUGUACUGGAAUGCAAACAUUUCAUUGAUGAUAGAAAAAGUUUGUGAACGCAUAUUAUGGACAUCCAAAUAUACUAAAAAUUCAAUCAAUUAUUUAAUAAUGAGAACAAAAUUGAAUUAUCAAAUUACAUAUGUAUGUCAUUUUCUGGUGAUGAUAAUGAAAAAUGGAAAAGUAAGCUAUAAUUAAUAAAUGUUAUUAAAUGAUUAAAAUGUUUAAAAAAUGGAAAUGCAUGAACAUGUUUAUGUGUGUGUGCGUAUGUUUGUGUGUGUAUGUAUAUGUUUAUGUGUAUAUACAAACACAGGUAUGUGUGUCACUUGGCAUAAUUUAUAUAAUAAACAUUUGUCUUAUGAAACAUUUGUGAAAAUGGUCAAGAAUAUAUUGAAACUAUGUGUAUAUUUUAUGGUAUUGUUGUGCCAUAAGUUUUCUUACAUUUCGUUUCGGUAAGAUUUCUUGUCAGAGGCAUUAGCAUGUCAAUCAUUAACCAAAUAAGCUUCAAUAUUGUUACUUUUUCUUUCCAAUAAAUAAAUAUCAGAAAGAAAAUCCAUUAGAAGCAAUAAUGAUGAAAAAUAACAACAAUAAUAAAAUAAGUUCAAGAACAACUACUUUAAAGCUGCACGCCUCCAGAUGAGCGAAAAUAUUUCAAUAAAAUCAAACCUGAGAAAAAUGUACUAAGAUUUUAGGAAAAGUGUAAAGAUUCAAAGUUCUAGUAAUAAUUUACAUGUUAUGUGCGAUUAAUGACCGAUUUUUCAGUAUUUAACUAUAUUUCUACUGCGUUAUUAACGCAGUAAGGGAUAUUUUUGCAUAUUUUGUCCUCUUUUUAGUAAUUUACGUGGGUUUUAAGUGCCAUUGAUAUCGUGUAAAUUGCUUCCUUUUGGUUAUUUCACUGAAUAAUAUUUUUAAACACAUUUUCAUGAAAAUAAGCAUGAAUCUGGAGGCGUGCCGCUUUAAGAAUUAUCUUCUGUAAAUUCUUAGACGCAAAAGAUAAAAAUCGAGUCUGCAGAUACAUUUGUUAACUUAUUAACCAUCUAUUGUAUGAGACAACUAGUAUCACAUUUAUAAGAUUUAGAGUAAAGUUUAUCUACAGGUGAAUAGAUUUUUAAUUAUCAUUAUUAAAGUUGUGAAAUAACUUCAUGCAAUUUUAAUUUGAAGUCAAAUCGAUACCACAUAGAUAAGAAAAAAGUGGAUUUUAUGUUCUGUAUGUUGAUUUUCAAAAGGCCUUUGAUUGUAAAUAAUAUCACAAAUUGUUUAAUUGUUUACAAUAUGUAAGGGUUAGGGGAAUAUCUUGCGCGUAUUUAUAUCUAUGUAUUUAAAUCUACGCGGUUUUGUCAGAGUAGAAGCUAACAGAGUAACAAAGCCGUUUAUACAAGGGGACGUAACUACUACACUAUUUUUUCAAUCUCAAUAUUAAUGAGUUAUCUCGUUCCUACGAACAAAAGGUCAUCGAUGCAUUUUCGUUUCGAAUCAAAUGCAUGAUAUAUUUUGUAUUCUUUUUGCAGAUGACUUUGCAAAUUGCGCUGAAACAGCAAAAUGAUAUUACAAUUAAAUACCAUUGCAAAAUUUCGUAAUAAUACAUGUAUGACUAUAAAUCAGUCGAAAACCCAAAUAAUCGUGUUAAGUUUAGAAAUGGCGGUCAAAUAAGGUCAAUUGAACUUUGGUCAUAUAUAUAUAUGUGUGUGUAACUGUAAAUACUACAUCUUGUUACAAAUAUAUGGGAUUAUUUUUUACACCGAAACUUUAUUGGUCUAUAGCAAAAGCGAAAAAUCUAUUUUUGAUCAAACCUAUUCUCACUUAUGGAGCGGAAACAUGUAUGGUACUGAAUAUUCGGAAAUUUUAGAGCAUGUUCAGAUUCAAUAUUAGUAUUGUAACGAUUUCUUGGGUGUCAAUACUUCUUUAAAUGAUUGUGAAGCUUUGGGGAGAUGAGACAGACUUCCAUUGUGUAUUGAUCAUUGUAUCAAAUAUAUUAGAUACUGGAUCAAACUUUUUUAUGUCUGUCUGAAAAAUAAAUAUCCAAGGAAUUGUUAUUUUAUGUUGAAACAAAAGGUUAGUGUAGGUAGUAUUGAUUGGACAUCUUCUAUUAAAAUUGUGUAACAUGGAUAUGGCUUUGGAUUUGCUUGGUUAAAUCAAACUCUUGGUGAUAUUAAUGUUUUUCUGUUUUGUUUUAAACAAAGACUUAAUUGAAUUGUAACACUGGUAUCAACAAGUAAAUUGAUUCGUCUCGUUGUGAUACACAUAAACAAUUCAAGACUAUGAUUAAUCCUGAAAGAUAUUUAUGUUUCAAUUAACCAUUUUAUAUAAAAAAAAGCAUUUGCAAAAUUCUGUCGUUCAAGUCAUAGGUUUUUAAUUGAAAAUGGACGUCAACUUGGUCUUCCAAGAGAAAAUUGUUAUUGUCAAUAGUGUAAUGGUUAUUUUGAUACACGAUGUCUUGAAGAUGAAUUUCUUUAAAUGUUUUAAAUACAGACAUGAGCGACAACAUUUUUUAUCAAACUGGUAUUAUGGUAGAUUUGAAUACGUAGGUUUCUUGUUAUUUAAUGCAGUGUUCUGAUGAUGAUGAUGAUGAUGAUGAUGAUGAUGAUGAUGAUGAUGAUGAUGACGA